GUGCCAAACUUUUACUGCUGGAGUCUUAAAAAUACAUAUUGCUACAAUUUAUGAUGUUGCAAAUACACUUUUAUAAAUGUAACCAAGAUUCAGACCAUUAAGGUGAGAAUACAAAAUACAUACUGUACAUUAACUGGAUUAGAAAAUGACAUUGUGAAAACUUUAUAUGUAGAGGUCAGGUAUUGUAGGGUUAACACUGUGAACAAUAUUAUUUGCAUACCUGUGAUGAGUGUAAUCUGUAUGCAUACCAGCACCUGCACUCUAAAAUGUUCAGAAAAACGGAGGUUUUGCUAGUCUCCUUCAACAUUCCCACCUGUAAGGCAGAGAUUGAAGUGAGACUCUACAGCAGAUAGAGCAGCUUUAGGUUUAAAGAGCUGCAUUUCAUACAGACUGCACUAAGGCAGAAAAACAAUCACGUUAGAUCCUCUUCCACACGGAUUGACUCGAAAUAAGGUAUUAAACAGCCACCAGGCUAGUUCAUACACAAGACCCUUACAAGACGCCUACAAAAAUCAUAAAUGGCUCAGACUGCUGUUUAAUGGGAAUCUAAUAUUCAUCCAUGGCUGAUAUUUCUCCUCCCAGAUCGCCCCUCAACUGUUCGGACACUAAGGCAGAGUUCGGGCUAAAUGAUCUCUGCGUUUCCAUUAUAUUCCGGGGGAGAACAGCAUCCACUUCAUGUCAGGCGGGAGGUGUCAGCCAGGCGCCGCGCGGCGAGCGUCCCCUCCCGCAUACAAAGCGGGCAGCCCCGCGCGCCGCGCGCCAGCCGCGCGCCGGCUGGGAGGGCCGGGAUUGGCCGCCGCCUCGCCUCCCUGCGCUCGCUCGAGUGGAGCGCGAUCGCUGCGUGCGCUUACAUGGUGCGGGCGUGAAAGGGAACGUCUGUAAACAAGACCCUGAAAAGGAUUUCCCUGGUAACACAUUCUGUGCCCAGAGAGGCUCUGCCAUUAAAGCGGCACAGUCGCACACAGAACAGCUUCAUUCCGUCUCGGAGCGGGGACGGCUGCUCAGUAUGCAUUCCCUGUCCUCAGUGAACGUCCCCAGUCCUUUAUCACUCUAGGCUGUAUGCCUGGACGGCUCUCUAUUUUGCUCCCUCUCUCUUUUCCUCUCUCUCUCUUUUCCAUCUCAGUCUCAGCCAAGCCAGCAGCGGUUCUCUACCAAACCAGGGCUUCAAACCAGAGAUCCUCGUUCUGGGGGGCAAAAAAAGACAAAAAAACAAAAUCAACGAUGACUACAUGCUUGGCAUGCUUCCUGUACGUCGCAUUCAACAUUUAACAGAUUUUCUUUUGUAUUUUUGGCCGAUUGGUUUUACUUCUCUCUUCACACUGAGGGUAACACGUGCCCAAGCUUUCUUACCAGACAGGUUGGGCUGCUGACUUUUCUCUUUUCCUGUUGGCAGUUUUGGUCUUUCUUUCUUACUGAGAUUUACAGGAGGAAAGCGGAUACCCUUCGGCUGUCUUCCGUCCUGCUCCGGGUGUGAUUGAUAACCCCCUGCACUAAGGCAGCGGCGCUCUCCGAGGAUGAGUUGCACGGACAGAGAAGAGGGGACGUCCAGAGACUUGUGAAGCCUCCUCAGCCCGGCUCGGGCACAACCUCCCCCUCGCCCCCUGCCCCCAGGACCCUCACCUGUCUGUGGUCAUGGGGAAGGGAAGGCUCAGACACUCCCUCCUCCACUUCAUGACAUGAUCGAUGCAGACAGACGAAGCAGGAGCGAAAAGCAUCCUCUCGGUCUCUCUCUCUCUCUCUUUCUGCAACUCCGCUGGCUCGAACAGCCAGGAGAGCUCCGUGCGUACGGUCACACUCGCUCUCUCUCUCUCUUUCACACACACGCACCGAAAGAAAAAAAAACGAACAAACUUCACAGCGACAGCAGCAGCUGAGUGAGACCCAGGGUUCGCCGGCUCUGGCCAGGGAUGUAGGAGCUCCUCUGCGCGUCUCUGUCCCUGGCGUUCUCUGCCUGCUCGGAGCAGGCAGGCUGAGACGCUGAGGCAGCCGAGAUGAGCUGGAAUGACCUGGCAAGCAGGGGAGAGGGGGCUCUGUGAGUCCCUGUCCCUCUCACUGGUGGACCGCAGGAAAGGAUGGUUAUAUUCAGCGAGCUAAUGGAUAGAGAACACCUCCCCACAGAGACAGGUGAAUGAGUGCAGAACGGCAGACUGCCCCCCGCAGUGAGACAGCGCCCCCCCUCGCCGCUCUGCUCAGGGGAUGGCCCAGGUGCAAGAUGGACGGACAGACGCCUGUGGAAGCCCUGCUGUUCUAGAGGACAGUUGCAAUGGCAUGGACAGUGGCAGCCUGACUCCAGGCGCAGCUCGACAGGUCUCCAUUCUGCGCCACCCCACUCACGGUUUCGGCUUCGUCGCUGGCAGCGAGCGGCCCGUCAUUGUGCGCUCUGUCUCCCCAGGUGGGCCUUCAGAGGGGAAGCUUCUGCCUGGAGACCAGAUCCUUGCCAUUAACGAGGAACCUGUGAGCGAAGUGUCCCGAGAGAGAGUCAUAGACCUUGUAAGGAGCUGCAAGGAAUCCAUCAUUCUCACUGUGUUACAGCCUCACCAGUCACCCAAGUCGGCCUUCAUCAGCGCUGCCAAGAAAGCCCGGCUUAGGACCAAUCCGCCAAAAGUCCGUUUCUCUGAGCAGGUCUCCGUUAGCGACCCCGAUCCGACCAUGCUGAAGGACGACACCCUGCUGCUCAUCCCCAACGUGCUCAAGGUGUUCCUGGAGAACGGGCAGAUCAAGUCCUUCACCUUCGACAGCAGGACCACCGUCAGGGAUGUGAUGUCAUCCCUACAGGACCGGCUGUCUCUGCGCUACAUCGACUGGAAGUCUGACAUCACGCUGAAGCUGGCGGCUCUUCACAUCUACAUCACCGUGUCGGCGGCCAGGCCCAACCAGAAGAUCUCCCUCAAGCACGUAGAGAAGGAGUGGGGCCUGGAGCCCUUCCUGCCCCUGACCCUGCUGCCCACAGUGAAGGAGAAGAACGUCUGCAAGUCCCUCUCCCAGCUGCUCAAGACCUACCAGCACCCUCCUCCCUCUGGGAACAAGGUAGCGUCACAGCGCCCCCUACUGCAUGGGGAUUAUUCCCUCUCAGGGCGUCUAUCUGGCAUAUUGGCAACAAGGCUGUUGCACUUUCUGCACAGUGACGAGAAGCAGUCCGCCACCACGCUGCUCGUGGGACCGCGGCAUGGAAUCAGCCACGUGAUCGACCUGAAGACCAACCUCACCACGGUCCUGGCCGAGUUCAGCAGGGUGGCCAAGGUCCAGCUCUUCCGAGAGAACCAGGGGGUGGCCCGCGUGGAAGUCAGCAUCCUGGAGGGGAAGCCUCUAGUGCUGCUCAUGGAGUGGCCAGACGCCAUGAACUUCGCCUGCCUCAUCUCGGGCUAUUACAAGCUCUUUGUGGACCCCAAGAAGACCAUUUUCUGCCGGACACCUGGUCAGUCCCACAUGAUCAAGGCAGAUUACAGAAGUGCCCAUCCUAUCCCAAGACCAGUGCCCUCCAUCACGGGGGCCAUUAGGCUGGAAGACGCAGCGAUCAGAGAAGAGCUGCCCAGAGACACAGCCCCAAGGUCAGCUGCUCAGGUGGGGGCAGACUCCCUGGGUUUCUGCUACCUGCACACCAAGGACCAGCCACAGCAAAAGCAGCAAAAGCAGCAGCAGCAGGAUGGGCUGAUGGACAUCAACGAGAAUCGGGUCUCCGGGGAGGAAGGCCGGCCUCGCACGAAAUCGGACCCCACUUUUAACAGCUCGGAGUCCAUAGCAGGUCUAGACACCCCUUCCCCAAACAUCCCGGGGGUCCGGGCCAGGGCAUACACCAUGGACCCCACUCGGCGCCUCGAGAGAUUCUUCUGCGACUCCUGCAAGGCCAAGCUGAAGGCCGAGGCGGCGGCGGGCGCAGUGACGCUGAUCGACAACGUGGCGACGCGGACGGUCCGGGAUCACGCCCAGGAGCUGGACGAGGCGCUGGUGUCCACGCUGCAGGCUCUGGAGGCCCUGGCGGCGUCGGAGGACUACCCCCACCAUCACCAGCAGCCCCCGCAGACAGCAGGUCUGAUCGUGCUGGCAGCGAUAACCCCUGAAUCGUCGCUGGACUCCGGGCAUGAGACCAACUCCUCCGAGCUCAACGAUGUCUCCGAGAUGGUGUCGGCCAUGAAGCAGCACCAGAGCCAGGCCUACCUCCUGGCUCACCACGUCAACAAGGAGCGCCUCUUCAGCCGGCGGGACUUCCCCCUGGCCAUCCCCGGCUGCACCACCCAGGCUCUGGGGGGGGCGGCCUUCUCGGUGGGACAGCUGCGGACCGCCUGCUCCCCCAAGCCCCUGGUUCUCACCAAGACCACCCCUCUGCGGGUCAGCCCAAGCCAGGACGUCCCGGCGCCCCCAGGGCAGCAGGGGAGGACACAAGGCCCAGCAGAGAGCCCUCAGACCGCGGAGCUGAACCUGGCAAGCACCCCCGGUCCCAGUCUCAGAGACGCCGCGGCCUCUCCUUCUCAAGUACCCGGUGGGGAGAUCAAACAGGCCAGCCAGGGGGAGAAGAGUCAGGUCACUAAGGACCAGAAGGUGCCGAGCAGUGCAGAGGGUAAGCUGAGCCCUAACCCUUCUGCAAGGGUGAAAGGAAAGGUUUUCGGCAUCCCAAGCCCAGAACUUACCAACAAAGCCUUACCCAUCCUGUUGCCUGUGGACAGUGCCGUUUCUGCCAAGAUCCGUCAGACUAACAAGCUGUGCCAAGACGCCGAGGCUGCCUCCAGUAAGACCAACAAGCCUUCUAGCUCCAAAAGCGUCCUUCCUGCCGGGGAGCUGUUCUGCACCUGCCCCGGGCGAACAGAGCCUGGACCCCAGGUGCGCCUGAAAGACCCCCAGGCACAGAAGGUGGUGGCUUUCCAUUCCUCUUCCCCGACGGACGACGAGCGGCUCCGAGCGAAGGCCAAGGGGCUGCACCUGCCCACCGGCAAAGAGAGCACGGUCAGGGCGACCGAGCAGAGCCACAAGCCCGGGCUCCUGGCUCCACCCAAGUACUCCCCACUGGCCCCGGACAAGCCGGAGCGCAAGGAGAAGCCGGAGAGCAAAGCAGACGCGUCUCAGAGCAAAGGCACCGGGGAGUCUCAGAAAGUCCCCAGGAAUCUGAUACCCGGGGCGGAGAGCCCCCAGCCAGCCGGUUCGGGAGACGCCACAGCUCCCGCCGCCGCUGCUACGGAGAGCAAGAGGCAGAACGGCAGCAAGAACAAGCAGCAGCGCAGCGCCUCCUUCCUGAGCUUCAGAAACCUGCUGUCGGCCACCUUCCCAGCCCGGAUGCGCCGGGAGACGGACGAGAGGCAGGCCCAGCUGCAGAAGGUCCGGCAGUACGAGCUGGAGUUCCUCGAGGAGCUUCUCAAGCCCAAGGCGGCGCAGGUGGAGUUCCUCCCUCCGGGGCCCUCCCCGGUUCCGCCGGCGGGCACGCCCUGCCUUUGCCAGCUCCGCACCAGCCCCGUGCAAAAAGUCCCCGGCAUCUCCCGGGAGCAGCGGCGCAGCUGCGACUGCAAGAGGAUGUGCCGGGGGAUCCGGCUGCCGGACACCCCCGUGGGAUCCGCCGUGGAGAGGAGAGGGAGGGAAAGGACUGUCAGCAAGCACCCCCCUCCGAUCCCUAAGCCCUCCCAGCCACAGGAAGGGCACAGGAGACCCCAGACCCUAGAGAUCAAGACCACCCGGAUCCGCUCCACCAGCCUGGAGUCCCGUGAACCCCGAGACCAGCCCAUGUCCUGCUUGCCUGCCUGCGCUUCCCGGUCCGAGUGCAUGGGGGCGCCUCAGUACAAGAAGCUCCUGAGACGCUACAGCAUCAGCGAAGCGGACAGCAGCGAAAGGGCACCCCUGUACGCAGAGGCCAAGCCUGCCAAAGCCAAAAGCCUGGAGAAGGGAAUGGAGAGAUCCCGAACGGGUGCCGGCAAAGUACCCGCCCCGGCGGAGCCCUCCUACGUGCCGCUCGGGGAAGGGAAGAAGAAGCCGGUGUUCUCCAUCCAGGGCGAGGCCGGGAGGGAGCUGGAGCUGCUCCGCGAGGGCAGGGUGGGGGCAGGAGAGGUGGUGAUGGGCCUGCCGGGAGAGGAGGAUGAGGACGGGGAGAAGUGCUGCUCCUUCUGCUUCUGCUACCGCAAGUGCGAGGCGGCGGACGAGAGCAGCGAAAAGGACGAGCUGUCCUAUUCCAUCCCCCUGCAGGUGCUGCCGGGGAUGCAGCUGGACGCAAACACCCUCCCCGUGGUCAGCAAGACCCUCCAGGUCCUGGACGCCGACGGCUGCAGUGGAGAGGAGGAGCCACAGAGUCAAGAGAUUGACCUCCGCAGCUCUGGCACCCUGGAAGGCAGCCUGUCCCGGGUGCAGGCCCUGCAGGGCAAGACCUUCUCCCUGCCCGACGGCUUCCUCAGCGCCCAGCUCAACGCCAACGAGCUGCUGGCCAUCCUGAGGCAGUGCGCGGGCAGCCCCCAGGCGGAGGACGAGCCCCGGCUGCAGGCGCCGCGGCUCGCCGAGUACAAGCAGGAGCUGGCCCUGCGGUUCAAGGAGUUCCGGGCCUCGUGCCGGCGCGUGGCUGGCGUGGAGAAGAGCCCCACCCGCAUGCUCGCCGCCGUCUCCGCCAGCUUCCAGGUGCUCUGCGGGCUGACGGAGACCUUCAUCAAGCUGGUGCGGGGGGUGCGCUCCGAGGCCCAGAGGCUGGAGCUCCUCAGGAAGGUGGAGGAGGUGGCGCUGAACUACACCUUCCUCCUGCGGGCGGCGGAGGAGUCCAUGGGCAGAUCCAGCAGCCUGCCCACCAAGACCAGCAGCGGCGCCGGCCUGCCAGCCCCUGCGGGCACCAUGGUGGGCUCCCUCUCGUGCUCCAUUAAGACCCUCAUCGGCAAGUGAGGCCCCACGGGGGCCCGCACCUCACACCUCUCCUCACAGCACCCUGACCGGCUGACCGCCCAGGGCCCAGCGACACCACCUCCCUCUCCACUUCCUCCGAAAGGGGCUGCAGACCCCUGGGAAACCAAAGGGAUGGGAACAGUGCACUCCCUUUCUCAUGACUCCCGGACCACCUGUUGGGUAUUUGGCAAGAAGAGGAGUAUCCUUACUGGUUGCAUCUCUUUGAUUUCUUCCCAAGCUUGGUUUUGUGCCGUCACACCUCCGGCCCGCACGGUGGCACAGCUGUUCCUUCCCCCCAUCUCCGCGGAGGCCUGAAGCAGCAAAGGGUGUCUCUCUCUCUCUCUCCGGCCGCCCUAGGGAGACCCCAUCCCCAGCGGCCACAGCGAGCGCCAGGCGUGGAGGCCGAAGAGGUCAGCGUUCCUCUGCAUUCAGCCGGACACCAGACCGGGCCCAGGGGGAGAAUCCUGCAGAAAAUCAUGCCAAGCCCUUCGGCAUUCAUUAGCGUUUUCCGUCACAGCGGCUGAGACUUGAGGUUUUCAUACUGCGUUAAUUUUUAAGAGAUAAUCUUAACAUUGAUAUUAAUCCUAAUAAUAACGAUGAUGAUGGCAGUGAUUAAAGAACCGACAUCUAAUGUGCACUGAGCAGCAUAUCCCUCUAAAAAUGAAAUGUGAGUAGCUUAUUCUAUAAAAUUAGUUGGUUGAUUGGG